AUAACACAUACAUAUUAUAUAUGUAUAUAUGAUAGCCAGUAUAUACUAGUAUUAAAAAGUCAUAAAACUUUCAAACUAAACGAGCGAUUACAGGUCAAACAUUUUGCGAAAGCACAUAAGUUAUUUUUGUAAAAAUAGAAAACUAUUGCAAAUUGAUAAAAAUUGCAAAAAGGAAAUAACAAUAACAACAUAAAGUAUAAAGCACUUGAACAGGCAUAUAAAUGCCCAUAGUCUGUCAGUUGCUACAACAGUUUCGUUCACGUUCUCCCACGUACCAGUGCAAGAAAAACACUUUUCAGCAACAUGGAUUUCAACACCGCCUGCGAAAAAGCCAAAGCUUUCACCAAGAAGCCCACCAACGCUGAGUUCUUGGAGUUCUACGGUCUCUUCAAGCAAGCCACAGUCGGUGAUGUCAACAUUCCCGCUCCCGGCGCUCUUGACUUGACGGCCAAGGCUAAAUUCGACGCAUGGAGCAAGCACAAGGGUUUGUCCCAGGAUGCCGCCAAGGCUGCCUACAUUGCCACUUAUGAAAAAUAUGCUCCCAAAUACGCUUAAAUUAUAUGGUAUAUGGUUUUGAAAAAUCUAAUAAGUUAUUUGGUUAAUUUCUAUUGGAAUAUGUAAAAUAUAUGGAUUGGAAAAUUAAACAAA